GCUCGCCUUUCCUCCUCGGCAGGCGCCGGAGGCGGACGCAGGAUCGGGGCCGCGGCGCACGUGCGAGCGUCAGGCUCGGCAGCGAGAGGAGGACGAGGAUGGGCCGCCCCGCGCGGGAUCCGCCGCUCGCGCUCCUGCUGGCUGCGCUGCUGCUGCCGCUGCUCCUCCUCGAGCGGCGCUGGGCGGCCGAAGCGGCUGCGGCGGCUUGUUCUGGCUGUGGAAAAUGUGACUGUAGUGGAGUAAAAGGGCAAAAAGGUGAAAGAGGUUUGCAAGGUUUACAAGGUUUGGUUGGAUUUCCUGGAAUACAAGGACCUGAAGGUCCCCCCGGCCCCCCAGGAAUGAAGGGUGAUAUUGGAGAACCGGGAUUACCAGGAACAAAAGGAACAAGAGGUGCACCAGGUCCAGCUGGCUACCCAGGAAAUCCUGGCCUUCCUGGCAUCCCUGGAGGAGACGGCCCCCCAGGGCCUUCUGGUAUCCCAGGAUGCAAUGGAACAAAGGGUGAAAGAGGUCCUCUUGGUCCCCAAGGUUUACCUGGAUUACCCGGAAAUCUAGGGCCUCCAGGACCUCCAGGAAUAAAGGGAGACCCAGGAGAAGUUAUUGGACUGAUACCUGACGGUGUACUAAAAGGUGAAAAAGGCUUUCCUGGUCACCCUGGAUUACCGGGAACACCUGGUUCACCAGGUAUUGCGGGCCCUGUUGGACCACCUGGACCUUCUGGAAAACCUGGUUCUCCAGGGCCACCAGGCCCCCCAGGUGAGAAGGGUCAUAUGGGUUUAAGCUUCCAAGGACCAAAGGGUGAUAAGGGUGAACGGGGUGCCAUGGGCCCUCCAGGUCCCCAGGGAACUGCUCCUCAACAGCAAGAGAAAGGAACCGUAGUAAUACGUGGAGAGACUGGUGCUCCUGGUGAAAAGGGUGACCCUGGAUCUCCAGGAUCACCAGGAUUAAGUGAGAAAGGGCAGAAAGGUGAACCUGGAAAACCUGGUCCACGGGGAAGACCUGGAAAGGAUGGAGAAAAUGGAGAGAAGGGAAGAACUGGAGAAACUGGCCCCCCGGGAUUUCCAGGACUGCCCGGAAUAAGUGGUCCUAAAGGAGAUAAGGGUGCAGCAGGUCCUUCAGGACCUCCAGGAAUAGUUAUAGGGAUUGGAGAUCAAGAAGUAAUAGGUGAGAAAGGCGACUCAGGUCCUCCAGGAAUUCCUGGACAAAAAGGUGAACCAGGUCAAAAAGGUUUUCCAGGUCUACCAGGGGCACCAGGUCUACCAGGGCAACCCAGUCCUGGGAUAAUAGGGGCACCUGGUUUUCCGGGCGAGAGAGGAGAAAAGGGUGACCGGGGGUCUCCUGGAUCUUCAUUGCCUGGGCCAAAAGGAAGAGAUGGACCUCCAGGACUUCCCGGUGUACCAGGGCUUCCAGGCCCACCUUUUGCAACAGAUGGAAUUCUGGAGUGCCAACCUGGGCAGCCUGGUGAUCCAGGCCCUCCUGGGCCUCGUGGCCAGCAUGGCUUCUUGGGAGAAAGGGGAGAAAAAGGGGUAAAAGGUGAUGGCUGUUUUACCUGUGAUGUACCCAGCCUAGCUGGUGAGCCAGGCCCCCAGGGGUUUCCAGGAGAACCAGGUGUUGCAGGACCAAAGGGUGCUAAAGGUGACAGGGGCCUUUCUGGAUUUGAGGGUCUUCCAGGAAUGACAGGACCUCCAGGUGUACCUGGACUGGCAGGAAGCCCAGGAGCAAAAGGGGAACCUGGAGAUGUUUUUUUUGACUCUGAUUUAAAAGGUGAUAAAGGAGAUCCAGGAUUCCCUGGACCUCCAGGUGUUCCUGGAAGAGAAGGAAGACCAGGGCGGGAUGGCCUGCCAGGUGCCCCAGGUCUUAAAGGUGCAUCGGGAACAAUUGGGUUAAAAGGAGAACGUGGCCUCCCAGGAAUAAGUGGUUUUCCAGGACCCCGUGGAGAGAGAGGUUUUCCUGGUUCCCCAGGGGUCGGGCCCUCUGGGCCACCUGGUGAUAAAGGGGACAAAGGUCUUUCAGGGAUUCCCGGCACACCAGGAUUUCCAGGACCCAAAGGUGAAGCUGGACGCGUCAUUUCUCUGCCUGGUUCUCCAGGAGCAGAUGGUAUUCCUGGCCCCCCUGGAAUUCAGGGCAUCCAAGGUGACAAAGGAGAUCCAGGGAUCCCAGGAACGCCUGGCCUGCCUGGUGAAAAAGGCCAGACAGGUCCACCAGGAAUAGGGUUUCCUGGCUCGCCAGGGCUCCCAGGUUUUCCUGGUCAGUCAGGCCCACCAGGUGUAACUGGAGAAAAGGGAGAACCCGGUUCUCCAGGGUUACCAGGUGCACAAGGGUCACACGGACAAAAGGGUGAACCUGGAUUAGGUCUCCCAGGCCCUAAAGGUUUUCCUGGUCCACAAGGACGAGAUGGCCUUCCUGGAUCAAAAGGUGAUCGAGGCUUACCUGGCAUACCAGGAGAAAAAGGAUUUCCAGGUGUGACUGGCCAGCCAGGAUCCCAUGGUGACCCUGGUCCUUCUGGAAUACCAGGUCUACAGGGCUCCCCCGGUUUACCAGGAAUAGGCCCUCCUGGCCCUCCUGGGGUUCCAGGACAAUCUGGUCCUCCGGGACCAAUAGGACCUCCAGGAAGCAAAGGGGAAAGAGGCUACCCGGGUGUUCCUGGGCUAGACAUGCCAGGGUCCAAAGGAGAUAAAGGUAGCCAAGGAUCUCCGGGGCUGCCAGGAUUACAAGGGCUGCCAGGCCUGCCUGGCCCACAAGGACAAGAAGGGCGCCCUGGUGCCCCAGGAAUCAAAGGAGAAAUGGGAGUUAUGGGCACACCUGGAAGCCAGGGUCCUCCUGGUCCUUCAGGAUCUUCUGGAGCUCCAGGUGAAAAAGGUGACAGGGGUUUUCCUGGAGCUGUGGGGCUCAGAGGUGAUCCUGGCUCAAAGGGUGAAAAGGGUGAAGCUGGUCUACGAGGAGAACCAGGAAAAAUGGAUCAUGUAGACAUGGAAAGCAUGAAAGGCCAAAAAGGAGAUAAAGGAAGUAAAGGACAACUGGGACCUUUAGGAGAGAAGGGAACUGCAGGGGAUCCUGGCACACCAGGAAUGCCAGGGAAGGAUGGGGAGCCUGGUCUACCUGGACAAACAGGGCCAAAAGGGGACCAAGGCCCUCCAGGAUACCAGGGUGAACCAGGAGCUCCUGGACAGAAGGGGUCCAUGGGAGAAAUGGGUCUCCCAGGACCAUCAGGAGAAAAGGGUGUGCAAGGCCUUCCUGGUGAGGCAGGGAAACAUGGGUUACCUGGAGCAAAAGGUGUGAAAGGUGAAAAAGGGCAGGCUGGGCUUCCAGGAAUUGGCUUCCCCGGGGCUCCUGGUGAGAAGGGAGACCCAGGAAAGACAGGUAUUCCUGGCGUGCCUGGAGAGAAAGGUGAAAGAGGUGUUCCAGGAAUUCCAGGCAUCCCUGGCUCCCCAGGUGCCAAAGGGCUACCAGGUCUUCAGGGUUCUCCAGGUAUUCCAGGAAUCCCAGGUGAAAAAGGUGGAAAGGGAUUACCAGGCUUAGAUGGUUUUCCUGGCUUAAAAGGAGAAAAAGGUGACCUUGGGCCUGAAGGUCCCCCAGGAGCUCCUGGAGAAAGGGGCCAGCCAGGACACGAUGGAAUCCCAGGCUCACCUGGUGCAAAGGGUGACCCAGGUAUUCCUGGUAGAGGACUUCCUGGACUUCCAGGUGCAAAGGGAGAACGAGGUGCAAAAGGAGAUGUGGGCUCCCCUGGCUCCCCAGGAAGCCCAGGGAUUCCUGGUACAAAGGGAGAAGCAGGAUUUCCUGGCCCUCAGGGUCCUUCAGGCCAACCAGGUGUUCCUGGAUUGCCAGGCAAAAUUGGAGAGGGACCUAAGGGUGACCGGGGACCUCAAGGCCGACCUGGGCUUCAAGGAAUUCCUGGGCCACAAGGCUCUCCAGGUGCUCCAGGAUUACAAGGAGUCAAAGGAGAAAAAGGAAACCCAGGAUGGCCAGGAACACCAGGAAGACCUGGACUCAAAGGUGACCAGGGGCAGCAAGGAAUCCCUGGCAAUGCUGGCUUUCCAGGAGCUGCUGGCCCAAAAGGUGACAUGGGGCCUUCUGGAAUUCCAGGCCCUCAAGGUCCAAAAGGUUCUUCAGGUGUUCCUGGACUCAAAGGAGAACAAGGUGACCAAGGGUUUCCCGGAGCUAAAGGUUUUCCAGGCCCACCAGGUCCUCCAGGCCCCUUCCUACUCUUGAAAGGUGAACCAGGUGAACCUGGUCCUGUAGGCCCAGUAGGCCCUAAGGGAUUUCCUGGUCCUCCAGGCCCAAAAGGCCAACAAGGUGUAACGGGACCUGUGGGUGUGACUGGUCUCCCAGGCACUCCGGGAUUUGAUGGAAUGCCAGGUCAGAAAGGAGAAACUGGUCCUGCUGGUCCUCCAGGUCCUAGAGGCUUUCCUGGCCCACCUGGUCCUGAAGGCAUGCCAGGGUCAAUGGGUCCACCAGGGAGUCCCUCUGUAGCUCACGGUUUCCUUGUGACCAGGCACAGCCAAAGCACAGAGGAGCCAACAUGCCCAUCUGGAACAAGACUGAUGUUCCACGGGUAUUCUUUGCUUUAUGUACAAGGAAACGAACGGGCCCAUGGUCAGGACUUGGGCACAGCUGGGAGCUGUCUACGUAAAUUCAGCACAAUGCCUUUCCUGUUCUGCAACAUUAACAGUGUAUGCAAUUUUGCCUCAAGGAAUGAUUAUUCUUACUGGUUAUCUACCCCUGAGCCAAUGCCAAUGAGUAUGGCUCCUAUUACAGGAGACAACAUCAGGCCUUUCAUCAGUCGGUGUGCUGUAUGUGAAGCUUCUGCAAUGGUGAUGGCAGUUCACAGUCAAACAAUUCAAAUUCCACCAUGUCCAGAAGGAUGGAGAUCACUGUGGAUAGGCUACUCCUUUGUGAUGCACACCAGUGCUGGUGCAGAAGGCUCAGGGCAAGCUCUGGCAUCUCCAGGUUCCUGUCUGGAAGAGUUCCGCAGUGCUCCCUUCAUAGAAUGCCACGGCAAGGGCACCUGCAAUUAUUAUGCAAAUGCUUACAGCUUCUGGCUUGCCACUAUUGAGAGAAAUGAAAUGUUCAAGAAACCUACUCCUUCCACACUAAAAGCAGGAGAUCUACACUCAAAUGUUAGCCGUUGCCAAGUAUGUAUGAGAAGAACAUGAGAUUCCAGUUGUACCUAAUAUCACAAUAUGGUGCUAUUGUGUUAACAGCGUGAAGCUUAGGCAUAUAUCCUAUGUACCUCAUUGUCACCCAGCAUGAAAACUGUCAAGUGCCUUACAGGAACCUGCCUAACUAAACUCUACUUCUUGGCUCUUUACUUGCUGAAGAUGAAGAUGAUACACUUCAAAUGUCACUUUUGAAUAAACAUUAUCUUAUAAAUGAA